AACGCACCCCUGACGCGACUGGGAGCUUUUGGAUUUCAACCAAUGAACAAGCACGUUACAUUUACGAACAGGCUUUCCUUACUCCGUUGUAAAUACGAAUGACAGAGGCGUUCAUAUUAAUGACAUUGCACAAUCAAUAGGAAACCUGACUCGACUUUGCAUUUCAGGCUGAUGGUGUCACAUUAAUGUGUUUCCUCGUACCAACCAGCGUCCUGCCAGCGCAGAGAGGAAUACUGCCUUGUUCCACAGGUAGCUUGUGGCCAAUGCCACAGGCUCUACCUGCCCAGGGAAGUGGACUAUCAUUCAGACGAAAGAUCUGGCUAAUCGGCCCGGACAAAAAUCGUUUGGCCUGCAUAGUGAGUGGCUGUACGUCAGCCUGCAGAGAAAUUGGUCAUGUCAGACUUAAACAAAGAGCUGGUGGAUUUAGUGUGGGGGAGACCAACAAGCGGGGCAGUUUCAGCCUCCAUCUUCCGCAGAUGGACACAAGGGUUUGUGUUCAGUGAGAAUGAGCACACAGCACUGGAGCAGUUUGAAGGGGGGCCAUGUGCUGUAAUUGUACCUGUACAGGCUUUCCUUUUAAAGACUAUUCUCUUUAAUCGAGAGACUUCAAACUGGAGACACAUGACAGAGGAGGAGCAGAAAACUAUCCUGUGCUCAGCGCUGAGUGAAAUCCUGGAGUCGGCCUGUUCCAGCACCUCCACAGGGUUCUGCCUUGUGUCAUGGGCCAAGGGACAGAGCCCACAAAGCCACGCACAUACGAAAGCACAGACCCAGUCGCAAGCACAGGACAUGCCAGUGCCAGAGAGCAGCCAACCCCUCGAGGGACAGCAACCCACUGCUUUGGCUGCUGAGGACCUUGGCUUUGAGCGAUUUCACAGUGUUCUUCAGAAACGGGUUGUCAUGUCUGUGUCAGAUCUCCAGGCCGAAGUGCUUUCCCUCUUCCACACCUGGAGGGGGUGCUGUGGCGUUUUGCUUUUCCUCUACUCCGUCAUCCUCACCAAGGGCAUUGAGAACAUUAGAAAUGAGAUCCAGGACACGAUGGAACCCCUUAUAGACCCAGUGCAUGGCCAUGGAAGUCAGAGUCUGGUGAACCUCCUUAUAACGGGCCAUGCGGUCUCCAAUGUCUGGGAUGGAGAUCGAGAGUGUUCUGGAAUGAAGCUACAUGGUAUUCAUAAGCAAGCGUCAGUCGGCUUCCUCACGCUCAUGGAGUCACUACACUACUGUAAGGUGGGGGCUUUCUUGAAAUCGCCCAAGUUCCCUAUUUGGAUCAUUGGCAGUGAAACUCACCUUUCUGUGUUUUUCACAAAGGAGCUGACCCUGGUUGGUCCAGAGUGUCCCUCAGAGCAGGCAAGGAGGGUCUUCCAGUCAUUUGAUCCUGAAGAUAACGGCUUCAUCCCAGAUUCUCUACUACAGGAAGUGAUGAAAGCCCUUGACCUUGUCUCAGAGCCAGAAUAUGUCAAUCUGGUGAAGAAUAAGCUGGACCCAGAGAACUUGGGCAUUAUUCUUCUGGGCCCGUUCCUCUUGGAAUUCUUUCCUGAUCAGGAUUCAGGAAUCCCGGACUCGUUUCCCGUUUACCACUACAAUGGACUCAAACAGUCCAACCACAACGAGAGGGUAGAGUACGUGGAAGGGACCGCAUUGGUGCUCGGGUUUGAAGACCCCAUGGUACGGACCGAUGACACUCCAGUGAAGCGCUGCCUCCAGACCAAGUGGCCCUACAUCGAGCUGCUGUGGACCACCGAGCGCUCGCCGUCACUCAACUAGUCUGGUUUGUAUGUACAACGGACCACUACUGCCUCCAUCUCUCUCACUCACACACACGCAGCUCUGCUUAAGGGAGUUUAUAGAGACUGGGACCACAACCACAUACACGCAAACAUUAUGAAUGAGAACUUUACAAAUGCACCCAAAAAACUCCUGCAACUGUGUACGCCUGAGAUAAAAAAAAUUUCAGUCAAGAUUCAACGCACCUUUAAAUGAUGCUACUGUCUGUUCAGCACGGCUUGCCAUUUGUCACACAAGAUGUUUAUCAUGUUAAAGUGUAGUGUGUCACACAAAGUCACACGCCGGAGCGCAUAUUCUAAGAGUUGUUCCGACAACUCAACGACUGUUUGAAGGAACGACCAAAGCCUUCCCACGUGAGAACACGCAGAUGUUCACUCUCACUGCUAAACGUUUACAAUGUUAGGACCAACGGAGGCACUCAAGCAACUGUGGAGGCUUCUUCAAUGGCUUCAAGAACAUGUACGACAAUGUACCUCAUGCACCACAUUGAAACGUUGUAUUUAUUAACACGCUCACAGUUCAGAUUGUGGAAUAAACACUUUAUUUGGCAUCUUC